AUGGCGUCCGUGAUCCUUCAGUCUGGAGUGGGUUAGCAUGAAACCUGCCCGAUUUACCCUCAAAUUACACAUUUCUGCUCUUAUUAGUCGGAUUACUCAGUUCUAUCAUCAAGAAGAACCGCUGUUAUCUCCAAGAGGACGCGUUUUGAUUCUGUGAGGAGGAGAUGGCGGGACGCAGAGUGGAGUGUUUGUGGAAGCGUCACGUUGUGGAGCAGCUGAAGCAGAGAGACCGAGUUCAACGUCAGGCAUUUGAGGAGAUCAUACACCAAUAUAACCGGCUGUUGGAGAAGUCUGAUCUUCAGGUUGUUUUUUCCGAACGUCUCCAAACCGAGAAGUAUGAGCAACAGAACAGACACGACCUCAGUCCGGGUGUGGACGGCGGGCGCAGUGAGUCUCUGCAGCAGGAAAUGUCUCAGAUGCGGAUCAGACAUCAAGAAGAGCUGACAGAGCUCCACAAGAAAAGAGGAGAGCUGGCCCAGAGUGUGAUUGAACUAAACAACCAGAUUCAGCAAAAAGACAAGGAGAUCCAGAGUAACGAAGCCAAGAUGCAGGAGUAUCUGCAGCAGAUCUCGCAGCUGGAAGGAGAGUGUCGUGAGCUCAGGAAUUGUCUGGCGGAUCUGGAACGAGCUAAUCAGACGCUGCGAGACGAGUACGACGCCCUGCAGAUCACGUUCAGCGCUCUGGAGGAGAAACUGCGCAAAACCACCGAGGACAAUCAGGAGCUGGUGACGCGCUGGAUGGCGGAGAAGGCCCAGGAGGCCAACAGACUCAAUGCUGAGAACGAGAAGGACUCCAGACGCAGACAGGCAAAGCUGCAGAAGGACCUGGCGGAUGCUGCGAAGGAACCGCUUCCUAUUGACCAAGAUGAUGACAUCGAGGUUCUCACAGAGGAUGCUGGGAAGGCAACUGGUGAAACGUCACCGAGCAGACAGCUCAGUCGUACACCCAGUAAACGCUUGUCUCAGCCUCCUCCUCCCGCAGGACUGCUGGACUCCAUCUCUAAUAUGUUUGGCUUGUCUGAUUCUGUCCAACCUGGUUUCAUCCCGUCUGACUCCAGAAGACGUCGCUCUGUGAAUUCGUUCAGCUCGUCUCCUGAAAACGCAGAAGUGCCGUCGGCGUGUGCGGAUGUGCGGGUUCCCUCCACUGCGCUGCAUAUCUUUGACGCUCAUGAUGGAGAAGUGAACGCUGUGAGGUUUAGUCCUGGUUCUCGUCUGCUUGCCACAGGAGGAAUGGACCGCCGGGUCAAACUCUGGGAAGUCGUAUCUGGGCGAUGUGAACCUAAAGGUGCGCUGACAGGCAGUAAUGCUGGAAUCACCAGUAUAGAGUUUGACAGUGCGGGCUCGUAUCUUCUGGCCGCUUCCAAUGAUUUUGCAAGCCGAAUUUGGACUGUUGAUGACUACAGACUGAGGCACACACUCACAGGACACAGCGGGAAGGUUUUAUCUGCUCGCUUUCUCCUGGAUAAUGCAAGGAUUGUUUCUGGUAGUUAUGACCGAACGCUCAAACUCUGGGACCUGCGCAGCAAAGUCUGCAUGAAGACAGUGUUUGCUGGUUCCAGCUGUAAUGAUAUCGUCUGCACGGAGCAGUGUGUGAUGAGCGGACACUUCGAUAAGAAAGUUCGCUUCUGGGACAUCAGGGCAGAGAGUAUCGUGCGUGAGCUGGAGCUGAUGGGCCGUGUGACGUCGCUGGAUCUGAAUCACGACCGCACUGAACUCCUGACCUGCUCUCGAGACGACCUGGUGAAAAUCAUCGACCUGCGCACUAAUGCUGUCCGACAGACCUUUAAUGCUCAAGGCUUCAAGUGCGGUUCUGACUUCACCAGGGUCACGUUUAGUCCUGAUGGGAGUUUCGUGGCGGCCGGUUCUGCAGACGGAGUUCUGUACUUCUGGAACGUUCUGACGGGCAAACUAGAGAAAACCCUCGAUAAGGGUCACAGUUCUGCUAUCAACUCAGUGUCCUGGUCUCUGUCGGGUGCGUUUGUGGCCAGUGUGGAGAAAGGCAGCAAGGCCGUGCUUUGGUCCGACAUGUGAUCCUCCGCCGUGAUUGGUUGAGCAUAGCACCGCCCUGCCGUGAUUGGAUGAAACAGACUGUAAAGACGGAACGAAAGUGAGCCCACCCUCACGCCCCAAAGGCCUCUAAAACUACCUGUCCCAUAAUGCCAUCUGUCUGGCUCUCUACACAUACUAUACAUAUUUAUAGCAGCUUUCAUGCACUGUCUGGUGUCUCACACACACACACAUUCAUUCAGUGUGAGAUUACACAAAAGACUCUCAUUGAUCUUUGACUCUUACUGCUUAUUUUAACACAGCUUCAAUUAGUGUGUGUGUUUACUGUUUACUGUAGUUCAUGCUUUGCCUUAUACACAUACAGGCCAUUAAGGUGUGCGUGUAUGCGUGUGUGUUUGCGUAUGUGAGUGCGUUUGCGUAUGUAUGUGCGUACAUAUGUGCACAUGCGUGUG